AUGACCAUUGAAAAUUUGAAUGCUUUUUUUUCUUGCACUUUUAUUUUAAUAAAUUUUAUUUUUUUAUUAAAAAAAUUUUUUUUAGAUUUUUUUCAAAAAAAUCUCAAAUUUUCAAUUAAAAAAUCCAAAAUUUCCUUCAAAAAUAUUUUUAAAAAUUUAUUAAAUAUUCCCUUUUAUUCUACAAAUAACAAAGAAGAUAAAAACGCUAAAAUUAAGCAAUUAAAGCAAAACCACCACCAACACAAACCAAAGAAAAUAAUUAAAAAGAGAAGAGUUAAAAGAAGAAAACAGAGGGGGCGUCGUCGAAUGGAAAAAGGGCAUCAACACAAUGCCUCCAAAAUCACGGGGUGGCUUAAAAGCCGGGAGCAGAUGGAAUUGGAGAGGGCAAUGGCCGAUGAUUUGGUCAUUAUCGACGACGAGAAAGAAGAAUUUGAAAUGAAUGAAUUAGAAGGGGGGUGCAUAAUCAACACAUCAACUAGAACAGCAAUUCUAAUAGAACAUGAAGAUCCCGAUUCCCGUGAUUCUGGUAUUUCAAUUUCCUCUGGCUCAUCCGGCACGUCUUCUUCUGAUGCUUCCAAUCAGGCAGUUUUAUGUCGCAUUUCUAAAGAAGUAUGGGAUUCUCCUGAUGAGUGCAAGAAUUACUCCUUGCCAGCUGUUAAAAAUCCACAUAAACAUGGUCCAGCAUAUCGAAGUAUUGGCUCAGAAACGCUUUCCUUUUUGUUGGAAUCACUUUCUGAAGAGGAAUUUUUGUCGAAUUAUGUGCUCAUAGAUUGCCGAUAUCCUUUUGAAUUCAAUGCUGGACAUAUUAAGUAUUCUGUGAAUGCCUACAAUCUAGACGACGUCAUUUCUUUAUUUUUUCCAAAACAAAAAGGUCAUUUCAACGAAGCUAAACGACGCAUUCCUAUCUUCUAUUGUGAAUACUCAUCAGUGAGGGGUCCAAAUAUGGCUGCGGCACUUCGCAAACAUGAUCGUAUUCUAAAUGAACAUCGGUAUCCAUAUAUUGACUACAAUGAAAUCUACCUACUUGAUCGAGGCUAUCAGCAAUUUUUUAAAGAUCCGAGAUUCGCAAAAUUCUGUUUUCCACCAUCAUAUAUUAAAAUGAAGGAUAAAAAAUAUGAAGAAGAGCUCAUAAACUAUGACGCUCAUCUUAAACGUGCCGCCAAGAAACGGAUGAAACGUCCUCAGUUGUUAUAUACCCCCUCUAGUCACAGGCGAGUUUCUUCUCUUCCUUUUCUCUCUAAAAAUUUAAAAAAUUAG